AUGAACAUAAAGCAUUGCUGUGUCCCACUUCGUUCGGCUAGCUCCAAGAUUAACAGCAUACUAACUUUCCAUGGCUUUCCAAUCCAUCCUGACCUCACAAGACAGUGGCUGGUAAACAUACGCCGGGAUAAUUUCACCAUCACCUCUCACACUAAGGUCUGUAGCAGACACUUAUCCACUGAUCAGCUCAUAGAGCCAACUACUCUUGAUGGUCGAAGAAGGCUUGUUAAAGGUGCUGUACCAGCGCUCUUUGAGUGGAAUGGCUCUACUGUUGAGACACCACGGCGCAGUGUGUGGGAGAGAGCAAAACGGCCCGCUGAUCCAGUCCCUCCUGAGGAGCAACACGAUAGCACAAGGGAUCACGACUACUGCUCUGUCCCUGAACCGUCUGCUCUGGACAUGUCCUUGACAUCUGUAGAAGACAAAGACAAAGAAAUUGUAGACCUGAGAAAGGAAUUGCAGGAGUCGCGUGUCCAGCGAGAGUUUGGGUUACAGCGGUUUGCAGGCUCCGACGCUGACAUCCGAUUCUAUACCAGCACUGUAAGCCCCGUGCUCCUCCGGUUUUCGUGCUGUGCUGUCUACCGAACACCCGGGUCCCUCACUGCCUGCCGGUGCAGAGCAGUACCGACUUCGCCAGGGGCGCGCCUAGUGGAGGAGAGGCGGCAUCCCGAGGGUCCAUGCUGGACAGUUUUUUGUUUCUUUAAAUUUCCCUGUCGUCCAUCUUUGCUCCCUUUACCACCACCCCUAUCCCAUAGCCAUCAGGGGUCCUAAGUUAAGGGGGCAGAUAAUUGAGAUAGGUCCCAGGAUGAGUCCAAUUUAGUCGAUGUGCGUUAAAUUACACGGUUGUAAUGUCUUCCCACUUUACUCGUUGCAGUGCCUAGUACAGAUUGCUUGCAGUGCCUGGCCAAUUUAGAGUACAGCAUUGUGUCACCUGUGUCAUGUGGCUCACAUUUGUCAAUCGUUUCCAAAGAUAGCUCUUCCCAUACACCAAGGGAGGGA